AUGACGGACUAUGUCACUUCUAAGCGGCCAGAUAACGUGCUCAAUUGGACAAGUAUUCAUGUAUCGUCCUGGAUAGGGGAGACUAUUCCUGAGAUCGAUCCAAGUCUACUCCAAAAUUUUUUAGAACAUGACAUUGCGGGAGAUGUUCUACCCUACUUGAAGUCUGAAGAUCUGAAGGAAAUUGGGAUCAACGAGCUCAAGCACAGAAUCUCUAUAAAAAAGAACAUUCAUGAACUUCUUGUGAGCAAUGAAAAGCACAUUGAUACCAGUAUUCUAUCAGACACCGCUACCGAGCUAGGAACUUUGAUACUGACUAAUAAAUUCAUAACCCAGAUGGCGAACAGAAAGAAUGUUGUAGAUGAUUCCACUCAUCAUUCGAAUAACAGAAGGCUCACUGAACAGUUUAAUAAGCUUCGCAAAGAUCUUUUGCCGAUAUUCAAAUGGAUCAAGGAGACCCAACCAUUACCCACUCCAGAGAAUACACAUUUCGCAAAUAUGGGUUCAGUACCAGCAUCUCCUGUGGAGCAUACUUCAGGUGAGUCAACAUUGUCUAACCCCAGUCUAAGCACCAUCAAUGCUGGCGAAGGAGUGAACUCUGCAGUUGCAGGGCAAUCUCUCGGGAGGAAACCUACAUUAUCCUCCAGAAGACAAUCACAUGCUUUGUCUCCAACUGGUGAACACCUGAAUGUGUCAUCAUCAUCUCCUUCGACGGGGAAUUUUGAAACUCUGAAUGGAGAAAGACCCAAUCUUAGAUCUGCUUCGUCAGGAUCACAGGAACAUACUGAGAACGAACUAUUGAAGCCGUUGAGAGUUAAAGCAGAUGAGCCUUGCUAUAAGGUGAUUCAGAAUGCCAUGAAAAGACAUGGCUUAUCGGUAGAUGAUUGGCGCAAGUAUGCUUUGGUCAUCUGCUAUGGAGAUGAAGAACGAGUACUAGGCUUACAUGAAAAACCUGGGAGUAUCUUCAAGGAACUCAAAGAUCAGAAACAGAAUCCUGCAAUCAUGCUUCGUCAAAUUGACACUAAUAAUGACGAUCAGAACCAUAUUGAAACCCCUGGAGGGAGAUUAUGA